AUCAGGCGUUCGGUGUGUUGCCCGGUGAAAGGAGGGCGGGCGGGAGGCGUUGACGCAGCGUACGGUUGCCGCUGUAACACAACCUGCCUCCGGAUACUCCGCCUCACACGAGGCUGUCACGACCCCACGAAAGUGGGGCGAAGGGGCUUUUAAGGUGGAGCAUUUGAAACAUGAUCAAAAACGGACACCACAACCACCACAGGCACCCCCACCAGGUUAGCACACUGGCCGGGAAGGACGCGGGCUCGACACCCGUAGCUACAUCGUGUAGUCCGGAAAAGAGGAGGCGAAGGGUCCUGGUGUGGUGCGAUGGUUGCUACGACAUGGUCCACUACGGUCAUUCCAACCAGCUGCGCCAGGCCAAGGCCAUGGGUGAUUACCUCAUUGUGGGCGUGCACACUGACAGUGAGAUCACAAAGCACAAGGGCGCCCCUGUUUUCACUCAGGAAGAGCGCUACAAGAUGGUGAGGUCCAUCAAAUGGGUGGACGAGGUGGUGGAGGAAGCGCCGUACGUCACCACCCUGGAGACGAUGGACAAGUACAACUGCGACUUCUGUGUGCACGGAGACGACUUAACACUGACAGUCGACGGCAGGGACACGUACGAGGAAGUUAAAAAGUCAGGACGCUACAGAGAAUGUAAAAGAACACAGGGAGUUUCAACCACCGACCUGGUUGGCAGGAUGCUCCUCAUGACAAAAGCACAUUACAGCAACAUUGAUGAUUCAGACUACCAGCAGCACACAGACAACUUUGGAAAGGACUCCAAUGGCCACAAGAACCACAGUCCCUGGACGGGGGUAUCUCAGUUCCUGCAGACCUCCCAAAAGAUCAUCCAGUUCGCUUCAGGCCAGGAGCCACAGCCUGGCGACACUAUCAUCUACGUGGCCGGGUCCUUUGACCUCUUCCACAUUGGCCACGUGGACUUCCUGCGGGCGGCGCACAAGCAGUCAGAGAAGCCGUACGUCGUGGUUGGGCUGCACUUCGACCAAGAAGUGAAUCGCUACAAAGGGAAGAACUACCCCAUCAUGAAUGUCCACGAGCGAACUCUCAGCGUCCUGGCUUGCCGAUAUGUCUCCGAGGUGGUGAUUGGUGCUCCGUUUGCCGUCACGAAAGACCUGCUGGAUCAUUUGAAGGUGGACCUCGUAUGCCACGGAAAGAUGCAAAUAUACCCGAACAAGGACGGAUCUGACCCGUACGCUGUGCCCAGAAAGCAAGGAAUAUUGCGCAUUGUUGACAGUGAGAACACCCUCACGACAGAUGCUAUUGUGCAGAGGAUAACAAAAAACAGGCUCCUUUUUCAAGCAAGGAACCAGAAGAAGGAGGCCAAUGAGAUUGCCGUGAUCGAGGCCAUGCAGCGACACCAAGUAGCAGACCAGUAAUGGAGGCCAGGCAGUGUCGUGGACUCUGAAAGGCCCCUCAAGUCCUGCACACUGAAAGAAACCGAGAACACAAUCGGCAUGUUUUUAUCCGGGAUGGAUCCAUGCGCAGUAUUUACCUAUUUGCUUUGUCUUGUCCAAAGGUCAAGUAUAGACAAGAAAAAUUCAAAUUUUUUCUAAAAACGUAUAUUUUUCUUGCCUGCAAAAUAUGACAUUGUUUUUUUAAAAACAAAAAAAGUGUUGUGUUGCAAGGGCAAGAGUUAGGACUUGGACCGCAUGUGAUCCUCCGUAUCGGACUGCACUGACAUUUCACUCACAUGUUGUGUUUUACCUGUCGGGGUUUAUUUCUCUGAAACUUAAACUAACCACAGCACCUCUGUGGAGUGGACACUUUACACACGACUGCUGUUAAUGUUGCACUUUCAUAACUCACAACAGGGGUGGGUACACUAUUUCCUAUGGGGGUGGGGGAACAUUAUGGUGUUUAUAAUGUUCUCCGAGGGUCCUAUACUAAACAGUUUAACCUCAGUAUGAAAUGGGACUGAAUAUUAUAUUUUUGGUAGUAUAAUAGACUCUCUCUCUCUGACUUAAUGUAUAUACUGUAUGAGCACAUGACAAACCCCUGCCUGUACACCUAUUUGGGAUGUAAAGGCAAACUGGACUGCAGUAUUUAUUUUCUGUUAACAAUAACAUGGUUUCAUCAACUAUCA